UUAUAAUUUUGUCACUUCACGUAUAUUAGCUGCCGAAUCGUAACCAUCUUACAAGAAUAAAGCCUAGAAUUCUUCACAUUACUAUUAUUCAUCGAGUAUGUUGCAACAAUGGUUUCAUCGGAUAUCAAAGGCAUACUCAGAAAAGUUUUAGGUGUAUUGAAACGCGAGGAGCUUGGAGAAGUUGUUCAGAAAUGGGGGGUUUUCGGCGAGGAACGCGUUCAAGAGGUUACCCAGCUGGCAAACUCCACCAGGCCGAUGGUCCCCCGUAAAUCCAUCACUGAAAAGAUCGUACAGGAGUGCUUGAAACAAAAGAUCAGCAAAAAGCAGAUUACUGAGCUUGAUCUCUUAUGUUACAUGCGGCAUCCUGAAAAGAAAAAAUGGUCUGUUUAUGAACUCAAGGGACUCGGUGAAGAUCAUAACAAAAAGGCUUUUGACCCUCAAGGAUACUUUGACAAAUUGACAAAACACCUUUCUGUCUACUUUAAACAUGAUUUAUGUAUGGACAAACGAGGAGAGGCUAUUUGGCUUCGCAUCGGAGUCUACGAUAGCGGGAAAGAUAGUGCAAACGCUUUCAGCUCUAAUGCCAUCUAUGUAGUCUACCAUCCACAUUCUCGUCACCUCAUCUUGUCUGUCGUGAAAAAAGCUCUUGUGCAGUUUGUUAUGCAGGCUUUAAUCUUAUCGCUUGACUGUACCAGUUGUAAAGAAACUAAGCUCACUGGAUAUCAUCUAGAUUCCCUGGCGGACCUUACCCUGAACUCUGCCUCCCAGGGCUGGUUCUCAAAGUUUAGACACAACCAAGUCGACACCAAUCCUUUGGUCAAGACACAGACAAGGAAGAGAAGAGGAGAUUCUCUUGAUUUGGAAGACAAAUCCCUCAUCUCAGAGAAUGUGGAAGAUGAGGAAAACCGAACAAAAGACCUGGACAGUUCGUUUGGACCAAACAAACAGCCUAAAUUGGAAAGGAUUUGCUACGAGAUGGAGAACAAGUUCAGGGGUACACGCGCUGCUCCAAGGAUGGCAACCCGUCAGGAGCCAUUCCGCUGCACUGUCAAGUUUGAAGGUCCCGAUGUCCUGGAAGGCCUUAGACAGCUCCAUCCAUCGGGGAUCAGUUCUUCUGCCUUACCGUACCUCUUUGAACAGGUUCUUUCCACAGGCAAGAACCACUUCCGCAUCUAUGACAAGUCCUCCAGAGACCGCAAAGGCUCAUGAAAAUUUAUUUUCUGUAGAUGAGGAAUCAUCGAUUGUCAUGUAGAGUUUCCUUUGGAUUUCAGGGAAGCACUGUAUGCAUUGAUGACACUUCAAUAGAAGACUGUGAGACAGACAACAAUCUUCAACCAGGUUUGUUUUAGACCUGUGCCAAACAUUUAGAUAUAUUUUGGAUAUACAUGGUGAAAGAGAUCUGAUGUAACUAUGUUUCUGAUAUAAAGAAAAUCCCUAUUAGAUCUGAUCCUCUUUCUU